AUGGCUUUUAUUUCCUUCCAUUCUCCUCUCUUUCUCCUAAUAAUCAUUUCAUUAUCAUCACAAUUAGCCAAUAGCGCAAACAACACCCAAAACUUCCACUACUUUUGUGAUCAAGAUAACGACAGAGGCAACUAUACAGACAACAGCAUCUACCACACAAACCUCAAAACCCUUCUAUCAACUCUCACUUCCAACACACAAAUCAACUACGGUUUCUACAAUUUCUCAAACGGUGAAAACACAAACAAAGUAUACGCUGUUGGUCUCUGCAGAGGCGAUGUUAAGCAAGCCGAGUGUCUUAACUGCCUCAAAGCUUCAACCAACAAUCUCACACAGCUUUGUCCAAACAGAAAAGAAGCAAUUGGUUGGUACCAAGAUGAAAAAUGCAUGUUGCGUUAUUCGGAUCGAAACAUAUUCAGGCUUAUGGAAAUAGGACCUGCAUAUUAUGCGAAAAACCCAAAUGACGCAACUGAUUUGAUUGUGUUCAAUGAAACUGUCCGCAACCUGCUUGAUGAUUUGACUAAGAAAGCUGCGUUGGGUGAUUCUAGUUUGAAAUAUGCAGCUGAGAGUGUGCGCGGUCCUAAUUAUCAAACUAUAUAUGGUCUUGUUCAGUGUACGCCUGAUUUAUCUGGAUCAGAUUGCAGUUCAUGUUUGGUUCAGUCUGUUGCACGUAUACCGAUUGAUUGUUGUAAAGAUAAGAUUGGUGGAAGAGUUGUUAGGCCUAGCUGUAACAUGAGAUUUGAAACCAAUUUUCUCUUCUAUGAUCCUACAACAACAUCACCACCUCCUCCUUUCACCACUUCCUCACCUCCUCCUCCACCAGGAAAAAGAAAAACUACCACAAUCAUCGUCAUAAUAGUAUCAUUUGUUGCAGUUAUGAUGCUAGUUUUAAUCUUCAUCUAUUUAAGAGUAUGGAAGCGAAGUAAAAGAUUUAGAAUUCAAGAAGAAGAUGAAGAUGAUGAAAUUGACAUUUCUAAGUCACUGCAAUUCAAGCUAGAUACAAUAAGAGAUGCAACAAAUGACUUUUCUGAUAAUAAUAAACUUGGACAAGGGGGAUUUGGAACUGUUUACAAAGGUACACUCCCCAAUGGACAAGAAAUUGGUGUCAAAAGGUUGUCAAAGGAUUCUGGCCAAGGAGAUUUAGAAUUUAAGAAUGAAGUUGCUUUAGUGGCCAAGCUUCAACACCGGAAUUUAGUCCGACUACUCGGUUUCUGCAUAGAAGAAAGAGAAAGACUGCUAGUAUAUGAAUAUGUUCCUAAUAAGAGUCUUGAUUACUUCAUUUUUGAUGAAACCAAUAGAGCACAUUUAAAUUGGGAAAGGAGGUAUAAAAUCAUUGCAGGUAUUGCUCGAGGAAUUCUUUACCUUCAUGAGGAUUCUCGUCUACGCAUUAUCCAUCGUGAUCUCAAAGCAAGCAAUAUUCUCUUAGACGAAGAAAUGAAUGCAAAGAUAACAGAUUUUGGUAUGGCUAGACUGUUUGCAGUGGACCAAACUCAAGGGAAUACAAAUAGAAUUGUGGGAACCUAUGGAUAUAUGGCUCCUGAAUAUGUAAUGCAUGGACAGUUUUCAGUAAAGUCAGAUGUAUUCAGCUUUGGUGUAUUGAUUCUUGAGAUUAUAAGUGGCCACAAAAAUAGUGGCGUUCCUCGUGGGGAUACCAAUGAGUAUCUUCUAAGCUUUGUAUGGAGAAACUGGCGAGACGGGUCACCGACAAAUAUUAUAGAUCCUACAAUAAUCAAUGAUUCAAUAAAUGAAGUAUUACGAUGCAUUCAUAUUGGGUUACUUUGUGUUCAAGAAAAUGCAACUAACAGACCAACUAUGACUUCUGUUGUAUUAAUGCUUAAUAGCCAUUCUAUCAGUCUAUCAAGACCUUCAGAACCUGCAUUUUAUUUUGAUAGUGGAGCUGUAGACUUUCCAGACUUAAUGGUGCAAUCAUCAGUAAAUAAGGUUUCGAUUACAGAGCCAUAUCCUCGCUAG